AUGAACCGCCAAUUCACCUACAAGUCGGGAGUUGCUACCAAAGGGGGCUUCAGUGGCUGCUCAGCAGUGCUCUCAGGGGGCAGCUCAUCCUCCUACCGGGCAGGGGGCAAAGGAUUCAGUGGGGGCUUUGGAAGCCGGAGCCUCUACAGCCUGGGGGGAACCCGGAGCAUCUCCCUCAAUAUGGCCAGUGGCAGUGGGCGGGCAGGAGGCUAUGGGUUUGGUCGAGGCCGGGCCAGUGGCUUUGCUGGCAGCAUGUUUGGCAGUGUGGCCCUGGGACCCGUGUGUCCAUCUGUGUGCCCUCCAGGGGGCAUCCACCAGGUCACCAUCAACAAGAACCUCCUGGCCCCCCUCAACGUGGAGCUGGACCCGGAGAUCCAGAAAGUGCGCACCCAGGAGCGGGAGCAGAUCAAGGCUCUGAACAAUAAAUUUGCCUCCUUCAUCGACAAGGUGCGGUUCCUGGAGCAGCAGAACCAGGUGCUGGAGACCAAGUGGGAGCUGCUGCAGCAGCUGGACCUGAACAACUGCAAGAACAACCUGGAGCCCAUCCUCGAGGGCUACAUCAGCAACCUGCGGAAGCAGCUGGAGACGCUGUCCGGGGACAGGGUGCGGCUGGACUCGGAGUUGAGGAGCAUGCGGGAUGUGGUGGAGGACUACAAGAGGAGGUACGAGGAGGAAAUUAACAAGCGCACAACUGCCGAGAAUGAAUUUGUGGUGCUCAAGAAGGAUGUGGAUGCAGCUUACAUGAGCAAGGUGGAACUGCAGGCCAAGGUGGAUGCUCUGGAUGGAGAAAUCAAGUUCUUCAAAUGCCUGUAUGAAGGGGAGAUUGCUCAGAUACAGUCCCACAUCAGCGACACAUCUGUCAUCCUGUCCAUGGACAAUAACCGGAACCUAGACCUGGACAGCAUCAUUGCUGAGGUCCGUGCUCAGUAUGAGGAGAUUGCCCUGAAGAGCAAGGCUGAGGCUGAGGCACUGUACCAGACCAAGUUCCAGGAGCUUCAGCUAGUGGCCGGCCGGCAUGGGGAUGACCUCAAACACACCAAGAAUGAGAUCUCUGAACUGACUCGACUUAUCCAAAGACUGCGCUCGGAGAUUGAGAGUGUGAAGAAGCAGUGUGCCAACCUGGAGACGGCCAUCGCCGAUGCCGAGCAGAGGGGCGACUGUGCCCUGAAGGACGCCCGGGCCAAGCUGGACGAGCUGGAGGCCGCCCUGCACCAGGCCAAGGAGGAGCUGGCCCGGAUGCUGCGCGAGUACCAGGAGCUCAUGAGCACGAAGCUGGCCCUGGAUGUGGAGAUCGCCACCUAUCGCAAGCUGUUGGAGGGCGAGGAGUGCAGGAUGUCUGGAGAAUACACCAACUCUGUGAGCAUCUCGGUCAUCAGCAGCACCACGGCGGGGACCACAGGUGCUGGGGCCGGCUUUGGUUUCAGCGGCACUGGAAGCUACGGUUACCGGCCCAGCUCUGUCUCAGGGGGCUAUGGCAUGCUGCCGGGGGGCUGUGUCACUGGCAGUGGGAACUGCAGCCCUCGCGGGGAGGCCAAAACCAGGCUGGGGAGUGUAAGCGAGUUCAAGGAACCCCAGGGGAAGACCUCGGCUCUGAGCUCCCCUGCCAAGAAGACCACAAGAUAA